AUGAACGACAAGUACGUCAUGUAUGUCUGCUGGUUUGUCUGGACGAUGGCGUUUUCCAUCUCGCCGAACAUUUUCGUUCAUUCCGCCGACGAACCAAGCGAAUACGAGUACACAGAUCUAUGUUUUCGGGACGACCCAAAAAUAGACGUUUGCAUCCGCAAAAGAAUUAACGACGUGGUCGAGCAAUUCCAUAAAGGUAAUGACGAAUUUGGCAUGCGAGAAUUUGACCCAUUGCACUUGGACACUCCGUUACAUUUUGAACACACGGCCCGACUGAUUGGUGGAAAAAUCUCUGUUAAGAACAUGAUGACUGAAGGUUUGACAACAAUUAAAUUGGUAUCGCUCAGAUCAAAACUUCAAAACCCUAAUCAGAUGGAAGUGGGAUUCACCUCGAACUUCAAAAACUUAUUAAGCUCCGGUCAAUAUCAGUUCAAAGGAUAUCUGGGACGUAUGCCCAUAAACGCCAACGGUCGAUACAACAUAACAUUCAAGAACGUUGAGACGAGCUACGUGUUGAAGGCUAAGCUCAAAGAAAUGGAAAACAGCACGUACGUGCAACUUGAAAGUUUUCGCUCGUAUCCACCGAAAUUCGGCGAAACGAAAAUCUUUGCCAGUGAUUUGGUGCCUGGAAACGCGGUGUUGAACAGAGUGGCGUUGAGGUUCCUAAAUCAGUACGCAAUACAAAUAACCGACGAACUUUAUCCGGCCGUAGGACCCGUACUCGACAACAUUCAAAUGGACAUGUGCAACAAGAUGUUGAUAAUGUAUCCCUUCGACGUUUUGCUUCCUCCCACCAGAACGCAUUGAUCAAUCAAUGCUGUGAAUUUGUAGGAAUAUAAAUUUUUUUCCCUAGAGAAAGGCAUAAUAUAUA